AUGGGGCUCUGGACUGAGCGACAUGCAGUUCUGGACAAGCUGAUUCCCAUGAGAGGACGUAAGCCACUGUACAUACAUAUUCGCUCCUCCGAAGCCUUUCUCCUCAUCACAAUAUGCUGGUCAGUGUUCACUGAUGUCUUCCUCUACGGUGUUGUCGUCCCUGUCAUUCCAUUCGCACUCCAGGACCGAGUCCACAUUUCACAUGACGAACUUCAGCACUGGGUCUCGGUGCUUCUCGCCGUCUAUGCCGCCGCCCUUUUGCUCUGCGCUCCCCUAUGUGGCAUGUGGGCAGAUCGUACCACCUCCCGUCGAGGUCCUUUGUUGAUCGGUCUCCUCGUUCUCUUCGGCUCCACCUUGAUGUUUUGUUUAGGGAGAACCAUCCCACUCUUGGUCAUUGGUCGAACUCUGCAAGGCGCCUCCGCUGCCGUUGUAUGGACUGUCGCCCUCGCUCUCUUGGCUGAUACAGUCAAAAAGGAAGAGUCUGCCAAAGCAAUCGGCUAUGUCUCAGUCGCCAUGACCUUGGGUGUUCUCUUUGGUCCCAUGAUUGGUGGUGUCGUCUAUGAGAGAUCCGGCUAUUAUCCAGUCUUCGCUGUCACCUUCGCCGUUAUCGGACUCGACAUUAUUCUUCGCUUGUUGAUGAUCGAGAAAAAGAUUGCUGCAAAGUGGUUAGAACCUCCAGCUCAUGCCCUCCACGAUAUCAGCAUGCUGAACGUAGACCACCUUCAAUCUCCCAUCAAUUCAACCACCAUGACCGAGAAGAAUUCCUCCAUCGCCCACUCUCACCCAUCUCCACCUCGGCCCAAACGAAAACUACCCCCAAUCUUGUCCCUUCUCCGGUCUCGACGAGUUCUGGCUGCCUGGUGGGGAACCUUUGCAGCUGCUAUAACAAUGACUGCUCUUGAUACCACCAUCCCUCUCUAUGUCAAUCAGACGUUUGGAUGGGGAUCCUUGGGAGCUGGAUUGGUCUUUCUAGCACUUCUCUUUCCCAAUUUCUUCGGUCCUUUAAUAGGAUAUUGGACCGAUAAAUACGGGCCUAGGUGGAUUGCUGCUGCUGGUUUAUUGCUGUCUAUCCCAUUCUGGGUUCUGCUCAGAUUAGUGGACCACGAUGGGAUCCGUCAGCAAGUCCUGCUGUGUGCAUUAUUAGUCUUACUGGGGACCGCUGCUGCCCUAGUAUUGACUCCGCUGAUGGCUGAAUUCAGCAAGGUGUGUGAUGCCAAAGUCCGUCAACAGCCAGAUUUCUUCGCUGGCAAGUCUGCCUAUGCGCAAAGCUUUGGUAUCUUCAAUGUCGCAUGGGCAGCCGGAUCCCUGGUGGGCCCACUGGCCGCAGGUGGUAUCGUCACUGCUUCAGGUUGGAAGACCAUGACAUGGGCAAUGGCCAUUUUCAACGCGGUGGGAGUGGUCCCUGCUCUAUUGUAUUCUGGAGGCAUUAUCACCAAAAGAAAACCUGGUGCCAGGGGUGAAGUCAGUUCCUCCUAG